AGAGUCUACAAUUUCGCCGAUAUGCAAAAGUAUACAUCCUCUCCAUCACCAGACCGGCUCAUCAUAGAUGUGCGAGAGCCUUCAGAAUUCGAAGCUGGCUACAUCCCGGGGGCGAUCAACAUCCCCAUCAAGUCGCAACCGGAUGCGAUCUUCCUGCCGGAGGAGGAGUUUGAAGAUCGCCUAGGAUUUAGUAAACCUGAACUGGACAAGGAAGUGGUGUUCUACUGCAGAUCCGGUGUGAGGAGUAGUGCCGCCGCGCAGCUUGCGAAGCAGCACGGUUAUAAGAACGUUGCCGAGUACAGAGGGUCAUGGCUAGACUGGGAGAAGCAGGGUGGAGAGGUUGCAAAG